AUGGCUUCCGAAAGCGCCUCUAUUCCCUCGGCCAAAAAGGCACCCUCUGCUCCCAGGACCGCCACCGAGGACCUGCCCGUCACUGUGAAGGUCUUGUAUGAAGGCGUAAACCAGCGUUUCGGUUUCGUCCUCCGAGAUGUUGGCGCGAGCACGCUGGAGACCAAGAUCCGAGAGUUUCUCAAAAUCCCCGUCAACGUUCCCGUCCUUCUCGAACGCUACUCCGAUUCGGCUGCCGCUUACGUCGUCCUGGACCCGAGUAACACCUCGGUUUACAAGCAGCUCUACAGGGCAGCCAAGGCCAAACAGAAGCUCAAGCUCCGCGUCACCGUUCAGCGGCUGCCAGAGAGGACCCCUCCCAGGUCUGUGACUGUGGAAGACUGCCCCGAGGUCAGCACUACUCUCGCCGCUGUUCCCAGCCCAACUCCGCAGCCCGAGGCAUACAAGCCACCGGUCCCUCCCAAACUCCCCACCGUCUUUGACGUCCUCCGAGCCACAGAGCCCAAGACGGAGACGAAGAACGAGGCACCCAAACACCAGCUGCCCAUGACGGAUCUUGUCGAUGAUUUCGAAACUUCGCUCCUUGCGUCCCUGAUGCAAAGACACGCCAAUUUGAGUGACAUCGACCACAAGGAGCCUGUUUCCAACCCGGAAGCUCCGGCGGCCCCAGAGCACGACGACCCUUCGUCGGGCUUCUAUUACAGGACUGCCUCUGGUCAGGUGCGAACCCCAACUUUCUACACCCAAACCACAACUCUCCCCACCCUCAACUUUGCUGUGUGCUGCAACAGCUGCGACAAGACCAUCCCUGACUCUCACUAUCACUGUUCCACGUGCGAUGAUGGCGAUUUCGAUCUUUGCCAGAGUUGUGUCGAACAAGGCAUCACUUGCUACAGCGACAGCCAUUGGCUCAUCAAGAGGGCUCUGCAAGACGGUCAGAUAAUCACGAGCACCACAGAGACCAUCGCCCCUAAGCCUAAGAAGGAGGAGCCUGCGCCCGCGGAGCCUGCGCCCGCGGACAAGGCCCGCGUCCCCAUCCUUGAGCCGUUCUUGGCGCCUCUUCCCACUCUCAACACUACGUCGUGGGCCGUCAGGACUUGCAACUGCUGCGUAAAUGAGCUUCCCGAGACACGCUUUUUGCACUGCACUACAUGCGAAGACUUUGAUCUUUGCCAUGCAUGCUUCUCCAAGGAUGCUCAUGGCCACCACCCGAAGCACGCCUUCACCCCUGCCGUCGAGGGUGCUUACGUACCCAACCACCUCCAGGUGAGACUUUCCGCUGGCCGUAACCAGGUUCACAACGCCAUCUGCGAUGGAUGUGACAAGUACAUCUGCGGCGUCCGACACAAGUGCCUGGACUGUCCCGAUUGGGACUACUGCAGCGAGUGCAUUGUCAAUGCCAAAUUCGUCCAUGCCAACCAUCGCUUCGUGCCCGUCUACGAGCCCUUGGAAGAGGCUCGAGCUCGCUGCACCAGCGCCCGACAGGUCCACUAUGGCAUCUGUUGCGAUGGCCCCCUUUGCAGCAGUGGCAACGCGCCGACAUACAUUACCGGUACUCGGUACAAGUGCACUGUCUGCCACGACACCGACUUCUGUGCCAAUUGCGAGGCUAGUCCGGCCCUGGAGCACAACAAGACACACCCUCUGGUGCAGUUCAAGACUCCCGUCCGUCAUGUCACAGUCACGACGACAGGCGAACACGGAAAUGGCAACACCAUGCUGCAGCUUGGCGACAGAUCGUUUCACCGCGCUGCAUCGCGCUCAAGCGACACAAAGUCCAUGGCGUCGGUACAGACUGUUGUUGACGUGAAGCCAAUCGAGUCGAUGCCUAUAAGGGAGAAGGUUGUCGAAAAGAAACCGCAGCCCAAGGCAGAGGAGAAGCCCCUCUUGGAAAAGGACCUUGUCGCUGUCUUUCGUCUUCCAGCAGACCUGGAAUCUGAGGAACGAGGGAGAUGUUGCUUGGCCGGCCGGGUGCUCUGUCAAGUUUGUCGGCGGCGACUACAUGGGCCACGUUGA